AUGGUCAGAAUUCCUUUCUUAGUACAAUUUUCGCAUUGUGUAUCGGGGGCGAAGGCAAUACGAUCCGAUGCUUUGAGCUGUAAACGCGAAGACCGGUCUAGCACUUCGAAUCCGGACGAUGAACUCUUAAGAAACAGAGAGCGCGUUAUGCUUUCUCUCGACAAGUUCGAUGUGGAGUUGUAUCAGAAACUCACCAAUUCAGAAUCUCUUUGCCCUGCGAAUUUAAUGACACCUUUGAACGAGAAACCUAUAGAUGACAUCAUCGACGCUGCAUAUAAUAGGUCCGAUAUGGCAAAACAGUUGAUAGCUGCUUUGGAAGAUCUAUUUACGACCAAUUGGCCGAAGGAAUUCAGAAAGAUACUUCGGGUUACUAUGCAAGAUUGCCGCGUCCAUAACAAGAGGAUAUACCUUCGAGAUAAACUCUGGGUGCCUCCAGAUGAUGAGCUGAAAGUUCAGAUUAUAUUCAGGACACACUCUUCAGGUCCUGCGGGGCACCCCGGCCGCACUAAGACAAUCGACCUUGUCUCACGGAAUUAUUGGUGGCCACAGAUGCACAAGGAAAUCGGUGCAUACGUUCAGGCGUGUGAACUCUGUGUAAGGACUAAGUCAUCAAAAGCUUCACCCCCGGGGUUCCUACAACCUCUUCCUGUACCGUUCAGGGUAUGGUCGGAUAUCUCGAUUGAUUAUAUUACUCCACUUCCAGACAGUAAACAUUACGAUUCUACAUUAUCGGCGUCGAACCUAGCAAGCCCUGUCCUCCAGACAUCGCAGAAACGCGAAUUCUUUAAGGGGAACAAGACAGCCGAUAGAAUGGAACGUGUUCUAGAUCAGCUUCGCGCGUUAGCAAAGCAGGCUAUCUCAGAAUAUGAGGAUUAUGCGAAUCGCCGCCGGUCAGAGUCACCUCGGUAUAUUGAAGGCCAAAAAGUCUACGUCAAUACGAAAAACAUGAAGACCUCGAGAAAGACGAAGAAGCUUGACGAUAAGAUACUAGAGAGGGACGACGAUGCGGAAGAACCAGUUCAGAAAUGGGUAUUUGAGGGAGUGCUAGACAACCAUGAUGAAGAUGGACACCAUUAUCUAGUCCAAUGGAAACAUUACGCACCAACCUGGCAACCUGCAAAAGACCUAAAAGGCAAUGAAAAGGUGUUGGUCGAAUACCAUCGACUACACCCUGAGAAACCAGGACCACCGGCUUGGGUUCUAGCUCACCCAGAAGCUAAAUCAGUCUUGCCGGUGGCUGCAUCGCCACUUACGACUUCUUUACGACGUUCGAAGAGGGAUAGAAAGUCGUUGCUCCCCAGCAACCAACCUUCCUCCUUCGUAGAAUAUCAACAUAUUUCUGAAAUCGUCGAGAAGGAAUGUCAAGGAAUUGUUCCACACAAAUGCUCUUCACCACCCGGAGGUCAUUUUAGUGUUCUGUUGAUGUUUGGUGAUAUAGGUUUGCUACAUUUACUUGUAUUGGAAGCUACUGGUGAUAUUCGAAAUGGCAUCAAUGUAUAUCAUCGAGUUGGGAUACUCAAACUCCGGUAUAUUAGUCCUUCAAGUUACGCAUCGCCUGAAUUAUAUAUCAAAAUAAAGAAUAUGGAAACUUCAAUUACUGCGCGGCUCGGUCUGUAUAAGAAGCCACGCAUGGAGCGAACUAAUCCAAAUGCUGUAUUUAUGGAGGUGAAGGAGGAGAACUGGGGGAAGGAAACAGUGAUGAUAGUCUAG